AUGACAAUUUCCAUCGACGGUCAGCGGGACACGAAUACUAGAAGCGAGCAUUCCUCAUCGGUAGCGUGCGACGCGAUCAUGACGAGCAGCAGCGACACCCAGCCGCAGGAGCCGGCGCAUACCGCGGGGCCCGAGGUGGCUCUCGUGUUCAUCGGCGUAUCGCUGGCGCUCGGCGCGCUGUGCCGGCAGGUGCUGAGCAACACGCGCAUCCCGUACACCGUCGCGCUGCUGCUCGUCGGCGUCGGGCUCGGCGCGCUAGCGCGCACGUGCUGCAUGGCGGGUUGCGUUGUGGCAGUACGUGCUGCCGUACGGGUGGAACUGGAGCACGGCCAUGCUGCUGGGCGGACUGUUGAUCGACACCAACUUGCUCUCCCAUCUCUUCCCUCUCCCUCCUUACCCUUUCCCUGCAUGCACGGCGCGGUUGGGUGGCAGUACGUGCUGCCGUACGGGUGGAACUGGAGCACGGCCAUGCUGCUGGGCGGGCUGCUGAGCGCCACGGACCCCGUGGCCGUGGUGGCGCUGCUGCGCGACCUGGGCGCCUCCAAGAAGCUCAGCACCAUCAUUGAUGGGGAGGCUCUUAUGAACGACGGCACGGCGAUAGUGGUGUUCCAGCUGUUCCUGCGCCUGACUCUGGGCUACAGCUACGGCAUUGGGGAUGUCAUUGGCUUCCUCUUCAAGGUCACGCUUGGGGGGGUGGGGCUGGGAAUGGCGUUCGGCGUGGUGAGUCUGCUGUGGCUGCGCACCAUCUUCAGCGACCACGUCAUUGAGAUCACCAUCAGCCUCACCGCCUCCUACAUGGCCUUCUUUGUGGCUAAUGACGUGGCCCAGACCUCGGGAGUUUUGUCAGACAUGACGCUUGGCAUCAUGUUUGCCAUAUUUGCCAAGACGGCAUUCACAGGGGAGAGCGAGCAGGGCAUGCACCACUUCUGGGAAAUGGUGUCUUACAUCGCCAACACGCUCAUCUUUGUUCUCAGUGGAGUGGUGAUCUCAGAGAGCAUCCUCCAGAACGCCAACUACAUCAAAGGCGUGGACUGGGGGUACAUGAUUCUGCUGUACGUGUUUGUGCAGCUGUCGCGCGUGGUGGUGGUGGGGGUGCUGUACCCCGGACUCGCCACCAGCGGCUACGGGCUCACGUGGAAAGAGGCCAUCAUCCUCGUCUGGUCGGGCCUGCGCGGUGCCGUCGCCCUCACGCUCGCACUGCUCGUCAGCCACGAGCCGGUAACGGAAAACAUCACCAAAGAAACAGAAGCCCGGUUCAUGUUCCUGACGGGCGGGGUGGUGUUCCUGACGCUCAUAGUGAACGGCAGCACCACGCAGUUCCUGCUCGCAGCUCUCAAGAUGAACGCCACCUCCGACAUCAAGAAGCGAGUAGUCAACUUCACGCGCCAGGAGCUUUGUGAGUAUGCGGUGAAGACGUUUGAGGAGAUAGGAGACGACGAGGAGCUGGGGCCAGCAGAGUGGGCCACAGUCAACGAGUACCUCACGUGCCUCAAGCAGCCCGCCUCCCACGGCACAGGCUCCCUCUCAGCCAGUGGCUUCCUGAGCCGAUUCGGAGGCUCGGGGACUGGUUCGGGGGGAGGGUCGGGGGUGGGGGUGAGGAAGAGCCACCCGCAUGACCACAGCCAGUCGCACGAGCAGCUGCGGGCGCAGCAGCUGCAUGACACCCGCCUCCGCUUCCUCAACGGUGUGCAGGCGGCGUAUUGGAGCAUGCUGGAGGAGGGGCGAGUCAACCAGACGGCCGCCAUGCUGCUCAUGCAGGCCAUUGCAGAGGCCGUGGACCUGACCACGCAGCAGCACCGCCUGUGCCUGUGGAAGGCCCUGGAGCCGCACGUGCGCAUGCCGCGCUACCUGCGCCUCUUCCACCGCCGCCUGCGCAAGCUGCUGCCCCAGCGCGCCCUCAACUGGGUCACCGUGGACCGUCUGGAGCUGGCGGCUUCCAUGAGUGCUGCCUACAUCCGCGCUCUCAGGCAUGCGCGCCAGCAGCUGCGUGACUUCCUCAAGGACAGCCCCAUAUGCGAGGCAGUGAUACUGGAGAGCGAGGAGGAGGAGGUGCAGGCCAGGAAGUUCAUGGAAGACGUGCGACUCAACUUCCCGGAGGUCCUCACCAUCAUCAAGACCAAGCAGGUCACCUACGCCAUCCUGCAGGGCCUGCAUGGGUACGUGGAGAAUCUCGAGCACGCGGGGCUGCUGGACCAGCGCGAGGUGAUGCAUUUAAGCAAGGCGGUGCAGGCGGACAUGAAGAAGCUGCAGCGCAGCCCGCCGUUUGUGGCCAUGCUGCCGGCGGGGGAGGUGCUGGCGAGGCAGCCGCUGAUCGGAGCGCUACCGGCGGAUAUACGAAUGGCGCUGCUGCAGCCGCUCAAAGAGGCCACUAAGCUCUCCGGUGCCGCCCUCUUCCACGAGGGGCAGGCGGCACAGGGCGUCUGGCUCAUCGCCUCCGGUACUGCCAAGGUGAUUACUCACCCCACGCACCCACCUGCCCUCUCAACCGUCCGUCCGUCCAUCUAUCAUUCGUCCUUCAUCCCAAGUGUUGCAGGAUUGGACCCGUUCUCUCGCACCCGUUUUCCCGUGCGUCUUAUUCUCUGUCCCCCAUCCCACCCCACCCACCGAUGGCAGUGGACGUCAGCGCGGGCAGAGGCAGAAGCAGAGGCGCACGGGCACCGGUUCAUCCCGCCGCUGUUUGCACACGGCAGCUCCGUGGGGCUGUAUGAGACGCUGCGGGGGUGCACUUACAUGAGCACGGUGACAGCAGACAGUGUGCUGCACUGCUUCUUCAUCGAUAGACAGAGGAUCAUGGACGCUGCGAGCAGCAGCGAUGCCAUAGAGGACUUCCUGUGGAAGGAGAGCUGUCUGGAGGUGGUGAGGGUGCUGCAACCGGAGGAGUUCGGCGCGCUCUCAAUGCACGAGCUGCGAGUGCUGCUCACCGACUCAGCGCACCUCCUCACCUGCCGCCCAGGAGACACCCUGGACCUGCUGCCCUCGCAAGUGGCCGUGCUGCUUCUCGGCUCCGUGCGACCCGUCGACCUCUCCCUGCCCAACGCCUCUGCCUCCGCCUCUGCCAUUCCUUUCUCAGGCUCUGCUCUCGCUGCCUCUCAGCCGGGGGUGACCCAAGCGAGACGGAUACGCUGCUGGGCGGUGGCUGGGGGCGGUGGGGAUGGAGGGGCGGGGAAGAGCAAUGGGGAGCAAGAGGGAGAAGGCUUGGGGAGGGAUGGGCGAGUGGAGAAUGGCAUGCUGGUGGCCAUUGAUGCCCCGGCAUUACUCACCGCACAGCCACUGCCACCCGCAGCCCCUGAUCGGUCAAUGUAUGGAGACAGCACUGCCAUGCUCCCCGGGCGCUACUCCGCUCUCUCCCUCUGCAAGCUGCUGGUCAUCCACAUGCCCCGCGACCUCAUGUCCGUCCAAAACACGCCCACCAGGUCAUUCCACGUGCACCGCCCGCUGGCCACGCACGACCACGACGGGCUACUGCGCUUCGGAGCGGAGAGAGCAGAGGAGAGCACCCUCAACGACGCACUGCUGGCCGUCGUGGGGGGAGCGGGGGAGCACGCUGGCGAGGAGGGCGUGGGGGGGCUGGGCGAGGAGGGGCUGAGUGAGAUGACCAUGCCGCGCGGGAGCGAGCUGGCGGCGGCGCUGCGGGACCGUGCUGUGGUGGACCAGACGCUCAUGGAACGAGCCAUGGAGCUCAGUGUGUUUGGUAGCAAGCUGAACCUGAGACCGCGCAGGACCACGGACACAUCACCGCACCAUCAUUCGCAACUGCACUACAGCCAUGUGCACGCGCACUAUCACAGCCACUACAACCUGCACGCCGCAAGAGUCAGCCCCACACCCUCCCCCGCUACAGCCCUCUUCACCGCCUCCCAGCCGCACCUGCUGCCUCAUUUUGGCCGCCGGGCAGGACAGCCGGCCAGCUCUGCAGCGCAGGGACAGCUGGCAAGAGGCGGGGCUCACAGCACGUCGCUGUCUGCGAUCCUGCCGUCGCUUUUCGCGGCGGCUGGUUCGCAAUCUCAGGGCAGUGAUGGUGGUGGUGGUGUGAAAGCUGACGGGCCAUCGAGGGACGGUGGUGCUGGAGAUGUAGCGAAGCAUCGGGUAGGCGCCAUGGCGAGCAAGGCAGCUUUCGUUCUUCUCGCCCUCCUCGCGGCUGCCGCGUUCUGUAACGCGAGCCGUCCUCUGCCUGCAGACAGUGACAACUCAGUAACGAUCGUAGAAAAAGAUAGCGAUAAUAGUGUCGCCGUGGUUCCCGCUGAUAACGACAACACUGUUGCCGUGGUUCCCGCCGAUAACGACAACACUGUUGCCGUGGUUCCCGCCGAUAACGACAACACUGUCGCUGUGGUUCCCGCCGAUAACGACAACACUGUCGCCGUGGUUCCCGCCGAUAACGACAACACUGUCGCCGUGGUUCCCGCCGAUAACGACAACACUGUCGCUGUGGUUCCCGCCGAUAACGACAACACUGUCGCUGUGGUUCCCGCCGAUAACGACAACACUGUCGCCGUGGUUCCCGCUGAUAACGACAACACUGUCGCCGUGGUUCCCGCUGAUAACGACAACACUGUCGCCGUGGUUCCCGCUGAUAACGACAACACUGUUGCCGUGGUUCCCGCUGAUAACGACAACACUGUUGCCGUGGUUCCCGCCGAAGCAGAGGACAACGUGGCUGUCGCUCAGCCAUCCUCUGACGUCAGCCCUAAGAUUGCUAUGGUUGUGUAA